AUGCCUCGCAAGUUCUUCGUCGGCGGCAACUUCAAGAUGAACGGGUCUGUCUCGUCCAUCAAGGAGAUUGUCAACAACCUCAACAACGCCGUUCUCGAUGCCGAAGUCGAGGUCGUUGUUUCCCCCCCAGCCAUCUACCUCCAACUUGUUCGGAGCAACCUUCGCUCGUGCAUCGAGGUUGCUGCCCAGAACGUCUUUGACAAACCCGAUGGCGCUUUCACUGGCGAGAUUUCCGUCUCCCAGCUCAAGGACAGCAAUAUCAACUGGGCUAUCCUGGGCCACUCUGAGCGCCGCACUAUUCUGAAGGAGUCUGACCAAGUGGUCGCCUCCAAGACCAAAUAUGCCACCGAGAAUGGCCUCGGCGUCAUCUGGUGCUGCGGUGAGAGUCUUGAGGAGCGCGAGGCCGGCAAGACCGUCGAAGUUGUGACCAGGCAGCUUGCGGCUCUCAAGGAACAAAUCAACGACUGGUCCAAGAUUGUCAUCGCCUACGAGCCCAUCUGGGCUAUUGGUACUGGCAAAGUUGCCACUACUGAGCAGGCUCAGGAGGUGCACAAGGCCAUUCGUGAAUGGCUCAAGAGCGUCAGCGAGAAAGUGGCUGACGAGACCCGAAUCCUGUACGGUGGCAGCGUCAACGAGAAGAACUGCGGAGAGCUCAGCAAGCAGCCCGACAUUGAUGGUUUCUUGGUGGGUGGUGCUUCUCUUAAGCCUGCCUUCAUUGACAUCAUAAACUGCAGGAAGCAGUGA